AUUUAUCAAAAAUGUAUAUUUAAUUUGUUGUUUUUUAUUUAUAUUUAAUAUGUAUUAUAAUCGAUAUUUAAAAAACUUUAUUUAUUGGAAGGUGCCAGCUGUUUUAAACAAGCUAUAAUAAAUCUGAAAUUCGCUUUUAUUACCAUUUAUCAACCUGCUAUCUCAGAAAGAAUCCUUAAAUUCUUUAGCAUUUCACUUGCAUAAUUUAUAAACAUUCCGAAUCCGUUGGAAUGGUUACUCCUUCUCAUUCUGACUCCUCGGUUAAAGCUAGGAGAAAAAGUAGAUUUGAUGACCCUAAUCCCGUAAAAAGAACAGGAUUUUCGGAUUCUAAACACUCUUCCACCAAUGUUAAACCCAAUUAUAAUUUACAGAAUGUUCCAAAGCCUAAUAAUAAUUUAAAUAAUUUACAACAAAAUGUAAAUUUCCAAACUACGGUCUUCCAACCUCAACUGGUUCCACCCUUUGUUCCACCGCCUGUUUUUCAACCUAUCCCUCAAUUCCAAAUUCCCACUCAGAAUCCUGGUUUUCCUGUUCCCACGGCCCAGUUAUCGCAUUUUAACCCACCAAUUAGUCCCAGUUUAAAUGGAUUGAAUAAUAAGUUGGAUUUCGAUACCUGCAAUGUAGGUGUCAUGGCCAGUAUUUUAAUUGAACACCGGGAUAAAAUAAGUGAUUUUGUGCCAUAUAAACCAUUCGAUGACUUGGAUAAGAUACCUAACAAGCAGGAUAGUGAAGCAGUUGGAAGUUUGACCCUCACUCAGAGAAAUAAAGUGGAGGAUUUUUACGAUGAAUUGGAAGAAAUAUUUGAACAGUACAGAGCUGAAAUCGACCCGAAUGAUGCUAGUCUUAACUAUUCCAGAAGAAGGAACUUUAAUUUUACCAAACAGACCAAUCAACCUCUAAAGAUAUUAACACAAGAUGAUGUAAUAAACCCAGCAAAGAGGGAAUAUUAUGCGUCUGGAGUCUACGGGAGUAAGGGCAGAGAGAACCCAGGAUUGGGCUCAGGUGAUGAUUUGUUCGAAACCUUUAGGAGAAAACGCUCUACUAAAUAUCAUGAAAACUACGCAAUUAGGGAGGCCGUGAGAAAAGAUCCCAACUGUAUCGUAAUAACACCGGGAGAAAUUUAUCCAUAGAAUUGGUCCAGGGAUUUUAGAAAUGAAUUUAAUUAAUUAAUAAAUCAACAAAAUAUAAACUUGACCCUACCCUAAUUUCAUUUAAAAUUUU